GCGGCAAAUAAGGUGAAGAGUCAAAAUUGUCCCAAUUUCAGCGGCAGCGAGGUACCACAACGCUUUCACUAUCACUUCCAUCGCCCGCCAAUUUCAUCCACAGAGACAACCACCUCCGUCCGCCGCUUUUCCUCUUCCAUUCAAUCAAUCGCCGUAACUGCUUGUUAGCUUAGCUGACUUCGAAAAAAAGGAAGCCAUGGGGUCUGAGGUCUGCGCAGAUGAACAACAAGCUAUUUGUGGGAAAAAUUGGAGUUUGAUUUGUAAAACAGGCGAUGAGGAAGCUGGGCCAGCAACUCCAGAGGAAAAGGCAGAGCAUUCCCCACCCCAUUCUUCUCCUGAUGUCGAAACUCCUAAAGAGACCUUGUUCGAUUCCUUUGCCCCAGGCUCCGACAAGCUGUUGCUUGCUCCGCGCCGCCUCAGGUACCGGGAUGAGUCGCACAGCCACGUCGUUCGUCGCCUCAACUUUGCCUCUUCUCUCAUUGAAGAAUUUGAUAAUGUGGCCGAUGAUGGUGAUGAGGAGGAUGAAGAGCAGCGUUUGUUUGACAUUGUAUAUGGCACCAUCAUGGAUGCCAUUUCCGAAGAGCAAGGGGCGCCGAGAUCCACACCCCUUCUCACCGGGAUUGCUGAGACGCGCCCAAAAGAGGAGCAAGGGACGCCGAGAUCCAUGCCACUGCUCACCGGGAUUGCGGAGACGUGUCCAGCAGCACCCAUUAAGUCCGCAACGACAAGACAACGAUGCAUCAUCGACAAGGAUAUAUGCAGAAAGCUGUUCUAGAGUCAAAGACUGCCCAAGACUUGAUCUUGGAAUGGAAACCUAGGUUUUAUCCUUCAAUAGCAUGUUAAUUUAGUUUUCUUCUCCUCAAAUGUAUUCCAAAACUCAUCAAUCAUCGAUUCAGCAAAGUUAAUAUUCAUCAAAGUUUAAGUA